AUGGAAGAAACAAACCAGUCUACAGUGACUGAAUUUAUUUUUCGUGGACUUUGUAAUUCAAAAGAAAUCCAGACCUUCUUAUUAUUUCCAUUUUCUGUACUUUACCUGAUGACAGUUGUGGGAAAUCUCCUAGUUGUGCUCUUAAUCAUCAUUGAUCCACACCUCCAUUCUCCAAUGUACUUCCUACUGGCCAACCUCUCAUUUGUUGACUGUUGCCUUUCCUCAGUAACCACCCCUAAAUUGACCACAGACUUCAUAAAAGAUAACAAAACCAUCUCAUUUGGAGGAUGUAUGACCCAGAUACUCUGUGUGCAUUUCUUUGGAGGUGGUGAAAUGGUCCUGCUUGUAACAAUGGCUUAUGAUAGGUAUGUGGCAAUCUGCAAGCCACUUCAUUAUUCUAGCAUCAUGGACAGACAAAAGUGCAUCUGGCUAGUUUUGAUAUCAUGGGCCAUUGGCUUUGUGCAUGCCAUGAGUCAACUACUAAUAAUUUUAGAUCUGCCCUUCUGUGGACCCAGAAUUGUGGACAGCUUUUUCUGUGAUAUCCCUUUGGUGAUCAAACUAGCAUGCAUGAAUACUCAGACCAUGGGAACGCUAAUAAAUGCUGAUAGUGGAGUCUUGGCAACAACCUGUUUCAUCCUCCUGAUGCUCUCUUACACCUACAUCCUAGUCACUGUCCACCUUCGCUCCAGAGAUGGGGCCUCAAAAGCACUUUCCACUUGUACUUCCCACAUCACAGUGGUGGUGCUGUUCUUUGGACCCUGCAUCUUCAUUUAUCUGUGGCCACUUAACAUUACUUGGGUUGACAAGUUCCUGGCUGUGUUUUACACAGUAAUCACACCUCUCCUAAAUCCAGCCAUUUAUACAUUAAGAAAUAAAGAGAUUAAGAAUGCAAUAAAGAGACUAAUGACUCAGCACAUGUAG